AUGGCGGCCGAGAAUUCUUCAAACGGUGUCGACGUCGACGCGAGUCUCGAUUCCGAUUCAAACUCUAAUGAUGUGAUUGUGACCAAUCAAGUCUCUUCCAAGGCAUUGACAAUCCCUCCUCCCGCCGUUUGUCUCGUCCGUUUCGCCGGAGAUGCUGCUGGCGGCGCCGUCAUGGGCUCCAUAUUCGGCUAUGGUUCUGGAUUGUUUAAGAAGAAAGGAUUUAAAGGAUCAUUUGCUGAUGCGGGUCAAUCUGCAAAGACUUUUGCGGUUUUAUCUGGAAUACACACUUUGGUUGUUUGUCUUCUGAAGCAACUGCGAGGGAAAGAUGAUGCCAUUAACGUUGGAGUUGCUGGGUGCUGCACCGGCCUUGCUCUUAGUUUCCCCGGUGCACCGCAAGCAAUGCUACAGAGCUGUGUCACUUUUGGUGCAUUCUCUUUCAUUCUUGAAGGACUUAACAAAAGGCAAAAUGCUUUGGCUCACUCUGUCUCCUUGAGACACCAAAACAGAAGCUUCAGUGAUGAUUUACCACUCACUUUGGCUCUCCCAAUCGCUGAUGACAUCAAAGGAGCUUUCUCUUCUUUCUGCAACUCCUUGACAAAGCCUAAGAAGCUCGCAUUUCCCCACUCACGUUGA